CAUGGCUUGCAGAGUUGGCAAUGUCGUUUCUCUUUGGACGAAUUCACCCAUUUUUCGCUUUCUCUACCCCUCAACAGAUUUUCGUUUUCUCUCUCUACCCGUCAAACUACAAACUCUCUCUCUCUCUCUAUACAUCACAGCAGUAAGUAGUUAAGCUGCUCCACUCCUUCAACUACUUUCUCUCUCAUCAUUCCCUUCAUUUAUUAUUCCUCCUAUAUUCAUUAUUACUCUCCCAUUCAAUUUCAGAAUAACUACUUUUUUAGAGAGAGAGAGGCGUGAAACGAAACGAUGCCGUUAGUGAGAACUACGGUGAGGAAUGUGUACGGAUUGGGAACGCCGGAAUUACACCGUGACACAGAUAAAGAGGAUCCUAAGGCGGUGCUUGACGGCGUUGCUGUCGCUGGACUCGUCGGGAUCUUACGUCAGCUCGGCGAUCUCGCUGAAUUUGCAGCGGAAGUGUUUCAUGGCUUACAAGAGCAAGUGAUGGUUACAUCCUCGAGAAGCAAUAAGUUGGUUGCUCGUCUGCAAAAAAUUGAAGCUGCACUUCCUCCACUUGAGAAAUCAGUAUUGGCACAACGGAGUCAUUUACACUUUGCUUAUACAGCUGGAUCAAAUUGGCAUGCCCGUAUCCGUAGUGAACAAAAUCAUUUUAUAUACAAUGACUUGCCAAGAUUUAUCAUGGAUUCAUACGAAGAAUGUCAUGGUCCGCCACGCUUGCAUUUGCUUGACAAAUUUGACCCUGGUGGACCUGGAUCUUGCUUGAAAAGGUAUUCAGAUCCGACUUUCUUUAAGAGAGCAUCAGUCGGGUCAGAUGAAGAAUAUAUUGACAAAGUCCUAAAAGAAAAGAAGGGUCGAAAGAUUAAGAAGAAACGGUCAUGGAGGAGGAAUGGAGAAGUCUCUCGUAGUGCGUCUAUGCCCAAUUAUGGUAGUAGAAUGCCAUUGUCUUCUAGAAAUCUGGAUAGGCGUCCUUCCUUGGUUCAUAGUUUCUCCACGUAUGAUACCACCCUCAAAUCUGACAGAGAUUCGAGACAUGGGUCGGGCCUGGUGGAACGUGUUUCACAGCCAAGUUUCUCAACUCAACCUGAAGAUGGCAAAUCUGAGACUGUUUCAUCUCCAGUAAAAAUGCAGCAUAAUCAGUCCUUUGAUUAUUCUUUUCUUGAAGAGAAGAGCGAUCAUGCUUACAAUGAUAUUGGCAAUGAUUCGUCACAAGAGCUAACUGACCUUGUUUCGACUUCUGUUGCUUGGAACUUGAAGAUGCAACCUGACACGCAAGAGUCUAAAGGAUCCUUUGAUUCGAUUUCACAGCUACAUCAUAGCAAUAUGUCGCAAGAGUCUAAAGGAUCCUUUGGUUCGAUUUCACAGCUACAUGAUAGCAAUAUGCUUGAUCAUGCUUUUCCUGACGAAAGAGGUGAUGUUGAAUAUGAUGACAUUUGUAAUAGUGUAGCAGAAGAGCAAGCUGGUCAUUGCACAUCUUUUGUUACUUGGAAUGAUAAAACAGGACGUGAGAAACAAGAGUCUAGAGAAUUCUCUUCUCAAUUCCAGAUUCAUCAUGAUGCUUUGCCUGAUUGUGCUUCCCCUGAUCGAAAAGGCGAUGAUGAGUACAGUGAUAGGGGAAAUAGCUUUACAGAGGACCAAAUUGACCGCAACUUAUUAUCUGUUGCUUUGAGUGGUAAGAUGAGAUCUGCAGAAGUGGAGUCUAAAGAAAUCUUCUACUCUCCGUUGCAGAUGAAUCCAAGUACUUCCGUAGAAGAUGCUUCACCUGAUGAAAAGCUUUGGGCCAUAUCUGAUGAAGAGAGUAACAAUUUUCCACAAGAGCAAGUUGUUCCUAGUUCACCUUUCUUAACUAGCAGUGUUAAGAAUGAACGAUUGGACCUUAUUAUUCAGAAGUAUGAUGUUGAUGAGAGUUUGGAGACACGUCAAGAAAAUCUACUCCUAGAUACACAGGUAUUGGAUUUAGCAACUUCUGCAAAUAUUGAACAAAGUUGUGAACCUAAGGCUGAAAUUAUACCAAGGUCAAUUUCUUAUGAAAGCCAGUUUGAUGACAUUGAAAGUGAAACUGACAAUUUUAUGGAUGCACUUAACACCAUUGAGUCAGAGUCUGAAACUGAUUUGGAUUGUCAAAGAAAACGAGCGAUGGUGCUGGAGUCUAGUUUUAAGACUGAAUCAUCCUUGAAUGGAACCCUUGAAAAUAGAGCAGAACUUUCUGAUCGGAAUUUGUCUACUCCUACACCUGAAGCCACAGGUAGAAAAUCCCCUGAGAACAGUGGUUUUGGUGGUAAUACCAACUUGGCAUCCGCUGACUCUGAUCCUGGAGCUUUCUCUUCCUCUGAGAAAGUAAAAUGUGAGGAGAUUCCAGAGAAUAUCUCUUCAGAGUUUGGUGAGUUUUUAUCGCCUCCUCAGAUAGCUAGAAUUACUUUAAAACCAGACAGUUCUAUAGGUGUCCCUUCAAGUAAAAGAUCCAAUAUUCUGGAAACAUCACAAGAGGAACUACUUGUUAGCAAUCAUAUCACCUCUAGCCCUAGGAAUCCUGUUUCAGCAUUGCCAGUGGUCAACAAGAUCCAGUGUGGUCCUUCCGACUCUGAAAAACCUCCACCCCUACUUCUGGGCACUCCUUCAGUCAAAUUCUGGACAAAUGGUGGCUUGCUCGGGCUUGAGCCUUCAAAACCGCCAGAUGGUGUAAUAAAUAGUGUUGGUCAAGUAUAUGAAGCUAAUCAAAAUGAGGUAGUUGUUACUUCAAGGCAAGAUCCUGUUCCCAGCAGUGAAAAACAUGCAGGAAAACAAGAUAAUGUACAGAAUACCUCAAGAGAGAAAGCUGAUUACCAAAAUUCUGGUCAAGCAGUUGCCUUUUCUAUUAAGAACAUAUCUUCAAGAUUUUCAGCCAAAGAUUUAGAUGUCAAACUUGACAAGUCGAGUAAUUUAUGCCAGCAAAAUGGCACUGAUAAGCCCCUGCACAGUCCUUCAAAUGGAUCUGGUAUGACAUCUAGGACAAUGGGACCAGUGAGUCCAGAAUCCCUAACUAUUGGAGCUGGUCAAGAGAAUGGGAAGAAUUCAUCACGUAUUCUUGAACUAGGUAAUAGAUUGCUUACAAAUGGGUUCCACGGGAAAUUCUCACUUGGUUGGAAUGAUAACACUGAUUCAGUCAGUUCCUUGAACACUGGUAGCAAUGAGCCGAUAAACGAUUAUCAACAUUUUAUGAGUAGAACAAUUAAAGACUUCGCAGGAAGACGAUCCCCGUUUACGUCACCUUCUUCGUCACCCCCACUUGGACAUAUGAAAAUCUCAUUCCAGCUAAUAGACAGCAUUGAGACUUCCAAACUGAAACUCAGAUUUCCUGAUAGGAGUAGUAUCCAUGAAAGCAAUAGCGAUAUGUUUCCCUCAUUUCAGCUGGUACCAGAGCCUUCUAUUCCUCUGCAAGAAGUUGGUUCAGACUCGGAUGAUGACACAUUUUCCAGAUCAUCUCCCGAUCUGUCAGAUGACUAUCUUAGCCAUCAGUCUGAGUCAAACUCUGAACAGUGGGAAUCUGGUAACUCUCCUAAUUUAAAGGACCAGGAAGUAUACAAUGCUUUGCAUAGAAUAUCGUUAACUGAAUCAACUUCAACAUCUUUUGAGAAUGACCGAACAGCUCAUCAGGAUUUGCUCGCCUGCAGUAGACGUCACAUUCCUUUUGCAGAAUACUCUCUGGAGGAUUCUCAGUCUGAUAAUUUAUUUGAUCUUCCAGUUCUGGAUACCCAGCAUUCCUCAUUCAAGCAUGGAGUAGGUAAUGCGUCGUCUGCAAGAGAUUUUCUAGAGCCAUUGUCUGGUAAGGAGUCUACACCACCUUCUCCACCUCUCCCUCCAAUGCAGUGGCAGAGUAUGCAAUCACAUUCAGACGAUGAACAAGAUGAUCUACAUCUUUUCUCUGAAAAUCGUCAUGUCUUUGAUCACAAGAAGCCUGGAUCUACCAUUUCACAUCAACCUAAGCCUCCUCCAUUUAAGCAAAACCAAGUUAUUGAAGCUGCACUGAAAAGCAAGCAGCCACACUCGAUAGACACAACUGGGCAGCAAUUUGCUGAUCAUGCUGAAAAUGGCAGAGGAGUCAAUGAAAAGGAUGACUUCCUGCACCAGAUUAGAGCAAAAUCCUUCAAUCUUAGACGAACUGUUCCAGCAAAAUCAACUGGAACUACAGGACCUCCAGCAAACGUCAAGGUCACUGCAAUUUUGGAGAAAGCCAAUGCAAUCCGUCAGGCAGUUGGAAGUGAUGAUGGAGAAGAUAAUUGGAGUGACACUUAAUAUUUUCCAAGCAUGAUGACAGUAGUCUAUCAAACCAACCAUGUAUAAUUUUGCCUCUGGAGUUAGGUGAGAGUGUCAGAAAAAUAUGUAAAUAACUAGUUCUCAUCUGUAAUUAUUUUUAGGUCCUGUUAUUGUAUCUCGAUUAGCUUUUUGCCUUAGGUAUCUUUCAACCUGUUUCUGUAAACAUUGUGCUUGAGACUCUAGUAUGACCCAGCAACAUUUUCUUGAUUACCGAGGCAUAAAUGUAUGCAUAAGUCUUUUUAUAUGAAGACACCUCCCAUUGAUGCUUUCUA